AUGGCCGCAUUCGUGCGAGUGUCGGGCCCUCCCAAUAGUAAUUUCCUCGUUGGAUAUCCUGGAAUAUCGGCAACAUUGCCACGUAUUGAAGGAAAGGUCGAAGUGCGGCCCAGCGUUGGCGUCUCUGCCGCAGUCAACAUCUCGAUGGUCACAAUAUGUCUACAACGACGAGAGACGAUACAUCCCGCGGCCGAUUCAAUGACGAAGAGACAUCUGGCGGCCCCGCGAAAGGAUGUAACCGAUAUAGUUGGCAAGGAGAUGCUCCUGUUUCGAUGUCCCAUGGGGCGAGAAUAUGAAGAAAUAAUAGCCAUGGAUCUUCCUUUUGUGCUGUUCAUACCUUUCGGGAGAGGAGGACAGGAAACCUCAAGGCGACUGCCGCCGGCUAGCUUGCAGCUGGGCAGCCGGACGGCAGAGACAUACUAUGAAUUAGUGGUGAUGAUACAGCAAGGCCAGGCAGAACAGAAAAAAUACUCAUUCCCCGUACCGAUGUCGAGGUACGAUACCUUAUCAACGUUUGGCAUGUACAAUCGCCCAGAAGCUGCGGAGCGUGUGUCAGAUCACCUUAUCACUCUCGGCAUAUCGUUACCACGGUGGUCAUACGGGCCCUUUGACCCCGUCAGUGUAUACGUGAAGCUCUCUCCCAACCCGGAUUGGAUGAGCAAGGCCCGAAAAGUAACGAUUCAGAAGAUUACCCUUUCAAUCGACGAGGAGAUAGUGUACAACCACGAAGGCGACGAGCCGUACCGCAAGGGCAAGACGCUCGCCAAAAGAUCGGAGUCAGUGAACCUAAAGAUGCCCGAAGCAGGAUAUCUCACCAACCUCGGACUUGUUUUCCCUGCGAGAGAUCUACGUGAUUCAGAUGGUGUUCUACCACGGGGGAAGCCCGCAUUUCCAACCUACGCUGUUAGCGCGUUCACGACCACCGCCUCGUUGUAUAAAAUAGAAUAUUAUCUAACCGUCAAGGCUCAUCUUACUUCAGCAAAGGAUAUAGUCCUGCGACAACCAAUUGUUGUCUGCCCUCUAGACCAUGCCGGCUGCAAAGAGGAAAUGGAGGCCAUAGAACAAGCCGCGCGAGAGGCUAGAAACAUCAACCCCGACAACCCCAUGCUUCCAUUGCCCACUAUCAUCCGGGCUCACGACCACAACGCUCUCCAGUAUCUCAACGUCGCAGUUGUCGGCAACACCAAGAAACCGGUGAUAGAAUAA